AUGAUACCGUUGAGGACGCAGGUGCGGGCAUUACAGGCCCGCUUCUUUGGACAUCAAAUGCGACGGGAGGGCAUGCCACUGUCAAAAGCGCUUCUAAUGGGACAUGUGCUACCACCAGCUAACCGGAGUGUUAUCGAGGAGGCGCGUGACGUUGUCAGGGAAGAAACCGGGCCACAGGUGGCAGUAUGUGUCGACCUAACCGAGG